GGACCGCGCCGCCUUUCCUCCCAGGUAGGUCCGGCUGGUCUCUUCUCCCUCCCUCCCUCAGCGCCGCCCGUAUUUGCACGCCAAAAAGAAAAACCCUAAACCCUUCUCCGCAGCCCAUGUCGCCGCCGCCGAAGCAGCUGGUGUUGGCCGCUUCCUCCGCGGAAGCUGGAGUGGCGGCCUGGGACCUCCGCACCGGCGCGGAGGACAUCCGCCUCCGCCCCUGCGCCUCUCGACUCCGCGCGCUCGCAUCCGUCGCGGACCGCUUCCUCGCCGCCGCUCAGGCCCCUCCCGCUCGCGGCAACUCCGGCAUCGUCCACUUCUACCACUGGGACAAGCCGCAGGUUGCCGUCAAGAGCUUCCCCGCCGAGCCGAUCCGCGCGCUUAUCGCGGACGCGGAAGGGAGCUACCUCAUCGGUGGCGGUGGCAAUGGCAACAUUUUCUUGUGGGAGGUGACUGGUGGAGAGCUUCUCUACACAUGGCAUGCACACUAUCGUGCUGUUAGGUGUCUCGCCCUGUAUGACUAUUUGCUUGUCUCAGGAUCAGAAGAUGGGAGCAUCAGAGUUUGGGAUCUCAUCACGGUGCUUGAUGAGCAGUCAAGGUUGGAUGCCAAUACAUCGUACUUGCAUAACUUAAGUCAGCAUGCGCUACCGGUAACUGACAUUGCUUGUUUCCUUGGAGGAAUUGCUGUCUCAUCUUCAGAGGAUCGAACCUGUAAAAUUUGGAGUAUAUCUGAGGGUAGGAUGCUAAGAAGCGUUUCAUUUCCUGUUAUUAUUGAUUCCGUGGCACUAGACCCAAGAAGUCAUAUUUUCUAUGCUGGUGGUAGAGAUGGAAAGAUAUAUGUCACUGCUAUGGGUGUUGAUGUCAUUUCUCAUGGUAGUGAUGAGUCGCCUAUUCUUGGCGCUUUGGAUGACCACAGCAAGGCAGUAACCAGCUUAGCAACGAGCAUAGAUGGACUUCUACUGGUGUCUGGAUCUGAGGAUGGUAAUGUCCGGGUUUGGGAUACUAGAAGUCAGCAAGUAACCCGAAAAUUCAAACACUCCCAAGGUCCGGUAACCAAUGUUCUGAUAGUAACGCCAAAACGAGUAAAUCUACCACCCUUACAACCAUUAAGUAAAGUUUGCUCAGCAAGUGGGGUAGUUGAACCACGGGCUGUAAUAUUGCCUCGGCCUGAGAACGAUGUUCCUAUUGCUGGAAAUUUAAGCUCAAUUUUUCUGGAGCGCUGCUUGGAUGAACUUCAGAAGCAUGGUGGUUCUUCCAGGCUAUUUGAUUCUGGGUCGAGCACUCAGUAUGGCGCACCAAACCAACAGGGGACAAAAUGGAGAAGUAGAUACUUGGAGUUGCAGGAUUUAUUUGCGCAUGAGGUUCUUGAUCAAAUGUCAUCCUCGAGGGACACAUGAUACCAAGCAACUGGAUAUCAUAGGUUAUUCUUGUCAGUUAGGUGAGUAUGUUCAUCAUGUUUUCACCUGCUGGUAAGCAGAGAUAGGAGUUUAGAAAGCCCAGAUGUGUUUUUUAACACAGUAAUAUAUCCUAAAAAGUCUGAUGACUUUUAAUUGUUUUUUAAACCCCUUACAGUACUUCCAAAUUCAGUAGCUUAUGGUUACAUAAUCAAGUUUUUCUAUCCAUGAUGAGCUA